GAAGACUGCUCGCUCGCAGCAGAAAAUUGAAGAGAGAAAAAUCGGCGAGGAGAAGAAGAACCGCAACUGAAAAAAAAAAAAAAAAAUCCAAAAACAAAAGAUGAAAACUUUCAUUUAUUCAUUCAAUUGUAUCAUACCAGAAACCUUGUUUCUUUGAAGUCAAAAGGCUCAAAAGCAAAUCCAUUGCUCUCUCUUUAUCUGUCAGACAUUAUGUUUGAUACAAGAAAACCCACCUCUGAAAGUUUGGUUCUUGGCAAGGGUUUUGCUGCUGCUGCUGCUACUUGAUUGUACACUCUCUCUCCUCUCUCUCUCUUCCGGAGGGUGUGUUUCUGUGAAAUGGGUGUUCAAGAUUUCUGGGUUUUCAUUUUUGUUAUUGGGUUUGCUUACAAGCUCGGGUCGAGCUCUCAAAACCUGACAUGCAAUCCAAACGAUUUGAAGGCAUUGGAGGAUUUCAUGAACGGUAUAGAUUCUGUGAUUGAUGGGUGGGGUAGCAAUUUCUCACCUGAUUGCUGCAAAUGGGCAGGCAUCACUUGCAAUUCUUCUUCCUCUCUCGGAUUGAACGAUUCCAUUGAUACUUAUAGAGUGGUUAAGUUGGAGCUUCCAAAGAGAAGGCUAGUGGGAAAUCUCUCUGCAUCUUUAGGCACUUUGGACCAGCUUAGAACCCUCAAUCUCUCUCAAAAUUUCCUCAAACACUCGCUUCCAAUUUCGCUCUUCCAUUUGCCGAAUUUAGAGUUCUUGGACUUGAGCUCUAAUGAUUUUUCCGGCCCCAUUCCUUUCGAUAUCGAAUUGCCUUCAAUCCAGUUCCUUGAAAUUUCUCAAAACUUUUUGAAUGGUACCCUUCCGGCUAGCAUCUGUGACAAGUCUACUCAGCUUCGAGCACUGAAAUUGGCUGUGAACUACUUCUCUGGUAACCUCCCACCAGGUCUUGGCAAUUGUACUUCCUUGGAGGACCUCUGUCUAGGCAUGAAUAAUUUCAAUGGCGGUGUGCCCGAAGGUCUAUUUCGUCUGCGAAACCUAACCCGGUUGAACAUUCAAGAUAACAAGCUUUCCGGGGUGCUGAGCGAAGAAUUCGGCAACCUCACUAAUCGUUAUUUGGAUAUCUCAACUAAUGAAUUUUCAGGAACCAUCCCAGAUGUUUUCCACAGCCUUGGAAGAUUACAGAAUCUUGUACUUCAUUCAAAUCGGUUCGGUGGUCGGAUACCCCCUUCCUUGUCGAGUUCCUCGACCAUCUCUUUGCUUAAUUUGAGAAACAAUUCAUUGCGGGGCACAAUUGAUCUUAAUUGUUCAGCAAUGACUAGUUUGACCUCUCUUGAUCUCGGUUCCAAUCAGUUUGAUGGGCCUAUUCCCUCCAAUCUUCCCUCUUGUCGACAUUUGAAUAAUGUCAAUCUUGCCCGUAACAACUUCACGGGCGAAAUACCAGAAAGCUUCAAGAGUUUCCAUAGCCUCUCUUACCUCUCGCUGUCAAACUCCAGCCUUUCCAAUAUCUCUUCUGCCUUACAAAUUUUACAGCAGUGCCAGAACCUGACUACUUUGGUUCUCACCUUGAACUUCCGCGGCGAAGAAUUUCCUGCUGAUCCGACCCUUCGUUUUGAAAAGUUGAAGGUUCUUAUUAUUCCAAACUGUAGGCUCACAGGUGUAAUACCUCAGUGGUUGAGUACUAGCAGCAGAUUGCAAUUGUUGGAUAUAUCGUGGAACCAAUUGCAAGGAACAAUUCCAGUCUGGUUUGGCAAUUUUAGCAGUCUUUUCUACUUGGACCUGUCGAAUAAUUCGUUUACGGGGGAAAUCCCUAGAAGCUUAACUGGACUACCGAGCCUCAUUAGUGGGAGGAUCUCCAUUGAGGAACCUUCCCCUGAUUUCCCUCUGUUCAUGAAGAGGAAUGUAAGUGCACGAGGGUUGCAGUACAAUCAAGUGUGGAGCUUUCCACCGACGCUGGAACUUAGUAACAAUAAUCUUAGCGGACCAAUCUGGCCAGAGUUUGGGAAACUGAAAUUGCUUCAUGUUUUGGAUCUGAAGUGCAACAAUCUCUCAGGACCAAUACCGAGUAAUUUAUCUGGUAUGGCCUGCUUAGAGACUCUGGAUUUGUCUCAUAACAAGCUUUCAGGUACAAUCCCGCCUUCGUUGGUUAAGCUUAGCUUCUUGUCCAAGUUUAGUGUUGCGGACAAUCAGUUAUACGGGGUGAUCCCUACAGGAGGUCAGUUUGGGACCUUCCCAAAUUCAAGCUUUGAAGGGAAUAAUCUUUGGGGCGACCAUGCGCCCCGUUCAUCAAAGGAGCAUUAUCCUCUUGGGAAUCCCAGCAAAUCAAGAAAAAAUAGAGGUGUUAUUGUUGGUAUAGCUGUCGGAAUUGUAAGUGGAACAGCACUUGUUCUUGCUCUCAUGUUCACAAUUUUGGUGCGGGCACAUAGCCGGAGAGGGGUUGAUCCUGAAAGAGAGGACCACGAUACCAACGAGAAGGAUUUGGAAGAAUCCGGGUCAAAACUAGUGGUUCUGUUCCAAAACAAGGAUGCCAAUAAAGAGCUCUCUAUUGAUGACCUUCUACAAUCUACCAACAAUUUCGACCAAGCAAAUAUCAUCGGUUGCGGGGGUUUUGGUUUGGUUUACAAGGCCAGCCUUCCUGAUGGUAAGAAGGUUGCUAUCAAGCGGCUUUCUGGUGACUGUGGCCAGAUGGACAGAGAAUUCCAUGCUGAAGUUGAAACCUUGUCUAGAGCUCAGCAUCCAAAUCUUGUACAUCUUCAGGGGUAUUGUACGUAUAAAAGUGACAGGCUCUUGAUAUAUUCUUACAUGGAGAAUGGUAGUCUAGAUUACUGGUUACAUGAGAAAAGUGAUGGUCCGACCUCUCUAGAUUGGAAUGUGAGGCUUCAGAUUGCUCAAGGGGCGGCGAGAGGGCUUGCUUAUUUGCACCAGUCAUGCGAGCCCCACAUCCUUCAUCGGGAUAUAAAGUCAAGCAACAUCCUUUUGGAUGGGAAUUUUAAAGCGCACUUAGCGGAUUUUGGUCUUGCAAGGCUGAUAGAUCCGUAUGAUACUCAUGUAACAACUGAUCUUGUUGGGACAUUAGGCUACAUCCCUCCUGAGUACGGCCAAGCCUCUGUUGCUACUUACAAGGGCGAUGUGUACAGUUUCGGGGUUGUUCUUUUGGAGCUGCUCACCGGAAGGAGGCCGAUGGAUAUGUGCAAGCCAAAAGGAAGCCGGGAUUUGAUCUCGUGGGCCUUUCAGAUGAAGAGGGAAAAGAGGGAAAGCGAGGUGUUUGAUCCUUUCAUUUGUGACAAGCAGCACGAUGAGGAGCUGUUGUGUGUUUUUGAGAUUGCAUGCCUCUGUUUAAGCGGAUGCCCGAAGGUGAGGCCUUCAACGCAGCAGCUAGUUUCGUGGCUCGAGAACAUCAACACCAAGAAAGUCUAGCAUUGUUUUCAGAUAAGGAAGCCAGGGAAACCCUGGUUGUACAGCAAAUAUAUCUUACUUGUAUAAGAAGUUAUAUCUCCUGAUCUAUAAAUUGUUGUUUUUGCGUUCUCAAAGUUGGUUUUUGUUGUGAAUAUGUAUCCUCGACAUAAAUGGUUUCGUAUUGUAUAAAAUAAAGGUUCCAAGUCUUUUGUGUUGUGGUUUGUUCA